CAAGCAAAGAAGAACCAUGAAGUUCUUUUUGCUUAUGGUUGUUGCCUCCACCACGCUUGCUACUGCUUCUGUCCACUUUAACAGGGAGAAGGUAUUCCGUGUGAAGCCCCAGGAUGAAAAGCAAGCAAAUGUCUUAAAGGACUUGACCGAAACCAUUGAGCUUGAUUUCUGGUAUCCAGAUGCUAUCCAUGAUGUUGCUGCUAAUAUGACAGUGGAUUUCCGAGUUAGUGAGAAGGAAUCUCAAACUAUCCAGUCUACCUUGGAACAACACAAAAUGAACUAUGAAAUUCUGAUACAUGAUCUACAAGAAGAGAUAGAGAAACAGUUUGAUGUGAAAGAUGAAGUCUCAGGCAGGCAUAGUUAUGCAAAGUACAACGACUGGGACAAGAUUGUUUCUUGGACUGAAAAAAUGGUAGAGAAACAUCCUGAAAUGGUCUCAAGAAUUAAAAUCGGAUCAACUGUUGAAGAUAACCCAUUAUAUGUUCUCAAGAUUGGGAAAAAAGAUGGAGCAAGAAAGGCUAUCUUCAUGGACUGUGGCAUUCAUGCACGAGAAUGGGUCUCCCCAGCUUUCUGUCAGUGGUUUGUCUAUCAGGCAACUAAGAGUUAUGGAAAAAAUAGACUCAUGACCAAACUCUUGGACCGGAUGACCUUUUAUAUUCUGCCUAUAUUCAAUGUAGAUGGAUAUAUUUGGUCAUGGACACAGAACCGAAUGUGGAGAAAAAACCGUUCCAAGAACCAGAAUUCCACUUGCAUUGGCACUGACCUCAACAGGAACUUCGAUGUCUCAUGGGAUUCUUCUCCAAACACCAAAAACCCAUGCCAGGAUGUCUACAGGGGCCCUGCACCAGAGUCUGAGAAAGAGACAAAAGCUGUCACCAACUUCAUUCGAAGCCAUCUGAACUCAAUCAAGGCUUAUAUCACCUUCCAUUCCUACUCCCAAAUGCUAUUAUUUCCUUAUGGCUACACAUCCAAACUGCCACCCAACCACAAUGACCUGUUCAAGGUUGCAAGGAUUGCCACUGAUGUUCUUUCAACUAGAUAUGAAACCCGUUAUAUCUACGGUCCAAUAGCAUCAACAAUUUACCCGACAUCAGGUUCUUCUUUAGACUGGGCUUAUGACCUGGGCAUCAAACACACAUUUGCCUUUGAGCUCCGUGAUAAAGGCAAAUUUGGUUUCCUUCUUCCAGAAUCACGGAUAAAACCAACUUGUAAAGAAACCAUGCUUUCUGUCAAAUUUAUUGCUAAGUAUAUCCUCAAGCAUACUUCCUAAUGAAUUGCCCUUGCUUUGGAAUAUACCAAUUAAUCCUUUGGGGGAGCCUUUCCCUGGAAAGACAACCUUCUGCGUCACCUGAAUCCAUUCUUCUCUUGCUCAUGAAGUCCUGCGUUGCUUUCUUUUUGUUUUUAUUUACUCCCAAUAGCACCAUAACAAUAUAACUUUGAGUAAAUCCAUUUAACUACAGUUCUUUGUAAGUAAAAUUUUAGCCUGAUAGAAAGCAGAAUUUGAAUACUAUGAAGUGAUAUUUCUGAAAGAAAUGAAAAUGUUGUGUUGUAAUCCCCAAAAUAAAAAAUAAACGGAUUGUAUUCUGAUGCUUUAUAAAAUAUCCUCUGUUUUUAAUAAA